AUGAUGGGAUUCGGCACUGUUUUCAGCCUCGGUCUCCUCCUGGUCGCCUUCCUGGCUGGCCCCAUAAGCCAAUUCGUACGAAUUGGAGGAGUCUUCCUUACACCGAAUCCAACGGUGCUAUCUAAAGGCCAGGGCCCAAUUCAUAUUGAAGACACCGUCCACUGCGAGGAUCUGCAUCACUAUCGCCCAGCGAACUUGCUGUUCACUGCCUGCGAGGAUGACAGGAGCGGACGGUUCAGUUGGUUCCCCCCACUGGGCAACUUUGUGCCAGUCAGGAACCAAGGCUCUAUUCAUGUCGUGGAUCCUAACACUAUGAAAUCAACCCGUUUGGCAAUGGAAAACUUCCAAGGCUCCUUUUUGACACAUGGAAUCGAUGUCAUUGAAGACCCCGAGCAGGCCAAUGCAGUCUAUAUCUACGCCGUCAACCACUUGCCCAACCCGGCUUACUUUGAGGCCGGCGAGCCUGCAAACGUCCCCAAGGCUCGAUCUCAAAUCGAGCUCUUCCACCACGUCUUGAAGUCCGGUUCCGUCCGCCACGUGCGCUCAAUUUAUCAUCCGCUCAUCAAAACCCCCAACGACAUCUUUGCCGCCAGUCCGGCCUCCUUCUAUGUCACCAACGACCAUUUCCACCGCGAGGGUGCCAUGCGGCUCAUUGAGGAUGUCUGGCCCUCAGCCACAUGGUCCGACGUCAUUCACGUGCAGAUCACAGGUAUCCUCGAUGAGCCAUAUGCUACCGUCGCGCUGACAGGUCUGCGGAACAACAAUGGUCUCGGCCAUGGCCGCACCGACAAGGAAAUUCUCAUUUCCAGCGCCAUGGGCGGCGAGCUCUAUGUCUCCACCCUGCACGAGUCUAACUACUCCAUCGCAGUUGAGACCUCUAUUCCCUUCCCUACUCUCACCGACAACCCUACCUACUACACAGAUCCUUACCGCACGGAUGCGGACGACGCUAGCGGCUUCGUUGUGGCCGGUAUCUCGCAGGCUUUCAAGAUGCCUUCCAAUUCUAUAGAUCCAAAUGCCACGGAUCCCUCGCAGGUGUGGUAUGCUCGUCUCAACCCAAGUAGCGGUGUGUGGGAGAAGAGGCUGUUAUUUGAGGAUGAUGGGUCGAGGAUUCGGUCUGCGAGUGCUGCCGUUUUGAUCCCUAUUGAACCAGACGAUAACAAAAAGUUGGCCUGGCUCUUUGUUACUGGGUUUUUAUCGGAGAGUAUUUUGGUCGUACAGGUCGAGCUGUAA